GACACCCUGAAAGCAACAAGCUUGACUGGACCGGACAAAACGCCCACUGCAGUGGUGCCGUAGACUCUGAGUAGACGGAGAUAAACAAGGUCCUUUUUCCAGCCUUAAACGUCGGUCUGAAUUCAACUGAAGACAAAAAGAUGUCGGUGGGUUAUAAAGAUGACCAGAACGACUGGGUGACCGUGUGCCUCAAGUACCUGCUCUUUGUUUUCAACUUUCUCUUCUGGAUGGGCGGAGCUGCUGUUCUGGGUGUGGGCGUCUGGACACUGGUGGCAAAGAGCGACUACUUGAGCCUACUGGCCUCCAGCACUUUUGCUGUGUCAGCAUACACCCUCAUCUUAGCUGGCAGCCUGGUGGUAGUUACAGGCUUUUUGGGCUGUUGUGCAGUCAUCCGGGAGCAGAGAAGCUGUCUGUCCACGUAUUUCAUCUGCCUGCUGUUUAUCUUCUUGAUCGAACUUGUGGCCGGAGUACUAGCUUAUGUAUACUACCAGAGGCUGAGUGAGGAGCUGAAGCAGCAUCUCAACCACACUAUGACAGAGAACUACGCUCAGCCAGGAAAGGAGGCAGUCACAUUUGCGGUUGACAAUCUACAACAGGAUUUCAAAUGCUGUGGCAGCAACAAUUCUCAUGAUUGGACUGUGAGCAAGUACCUUGUGUCAGGGCAAGCAGAAGGCAGGGCGGUACCUGACAGCUGCUGUAAGACCAUCACACCUCACUGUGGAAAGAGGGACCACCCCUCCAACAUCUACAAAGUGGAGGGUGGCUGCAUCACUAAGCUGGAAAAGUUCCUUGCAGAUCACCUGUUGGUUAUCGGUGCAGUGGGGAUAGGAGUGGCCUGUCUGCAGAUAUGUGGAAUGGUGUUCACCUGCUGCUUGUACAGAAGGAUCAAGAUGGACCCUUACUGAGCACAACGUGGCCCCUGCACACCACCUUCAACAGAUGGAGCAUGACCUGCUGACACCUAACCAAACUUUAAAUCCCUGCAUUGUGAUCUGAUGAUCUAAGCGUUGGACACACACGAUAGAAACUUAGGCUCAUGAGUUUCUGUUACCUGGUCUAGGCUGGAUGUUUUUGCAUGCUUUAAUUUGAACAUGACUAAAAAAGGGAAAGACUUAAGUUGUGUGGUAUUCUAUGCAACUCAUGAGGGUGCGAAUUUAAUUGUUUUUAAUUAGGAGAUUUAUAUAGGAGUGUUUCGAUAAUUCCAAGUCGAAUCGGCUGAGUAAGAGCACAGAGUACAAAGAAAGAAAGUUAUGUGUGUGUUUCUGUCUUUUGUAAACACAAUGUGCCUCUUACAUAAUUCUACUGGUAAAUAAUUAUGUAUAAAUUCAGUGCCUGAAGUCUUGAAAGUGAGCUGUCAAUACACUGUGAUAAACCGCAGCAAAUGAACGGAGUCAUGUUUAUAUUUGUAGCUUUGUCUUUAAUUCUAACACGUUGGCUGAGUGAUGGUAAUCAAAAUAAACUUUGCAGUAUCAA